AUGUUACAACAACAACAUUCGAAUAAUGAGCAAGAGCAACAACAAAGUGCAAAUAAUUCAACCAAUCCACAUGAAUCUGAAAGCGUGAGCAAAACUGUUGCAGCAGAUGUACAAAAUAUUGCUCAAAAUACAUCUCAACAUGUGGCAUCUACCAACAUGAAUGUGGUAGCCGAAACUGAUCUUGUUUCGAAUGCAAGUACUCUUCCAACUGUACAUCCUUUCUUCAUCACCAAUGGAAAAAUCAAAUUACAAUGCAGAAAUUUAUUGUUGCGAUCAAAAUUCCAAUCCUAUCAAUUGUAUGACGAAACUAGAUUUCAACAGCAUGUGACAUUAUGUCAAAGAAUUAGUGGAACAAUUUUGGAAUUGGAAUUAAAAACUCACAAAUUUGAAUUUACAACUCCAAAUUUCUAUAAUUUGGAAAUUAAUGAAUCUCAUCCAGUUUUGUAUCAAUUGACAAGAUUUGAAUUGAUUUUUCACAAUCCUAUUGCAGGAGAUUUGCUUUUGGAAUUGAAGAAAGGUGAAUUUGUAAUUAUUCCAUUAAUUUUGACACUUUCUAAUAGAAGAUUCUUCUUUGAUAUUCAAGUGAAAGUGGACGAAACUGGUGUAAUUGAUACAAACAUUGAAUCAAGAAUUCCUUUUGGUAAACCAAAUUCUGAUUGUGUAUUACAUUUCUCACAAAUGGCGACUAGAACCAAUGAUAAUCAAUUAUUCUAG